UUGCUAUGUCAGGAUGUUAUUCGACAUAACAUAUAUUAUAAUAUAAUAUUUUUAUCAUUUUCAAAGUACACCGACAGCCAGGGGAGAGUUCGCUUGAAAAAGUCGGAGAUAAUCGGAACUCACUCGGGUUAUCCGACUACUUCCGAUGAUUUAGGCGCGCAGAAUGAUUUGAAAAGAUCAAACAUGGCGACGACUUCAAAAUCUCCUUUGCCUCCGCGGCCACAAAGCGUCCCUCUACUGCGGAAAACCAUGUCUCCUGAUCCGUCAAACGUGAAGGCUUCGCCUACUAGAGCUAAGACACCAUUGAAUAAAUUACUUGGCAAGUCGCUGAAUUUGAAGUCAGGUCCUGUUGCAGGGUCAUUCUUGUUUGGGACCCCAUCUUACCCCUCCCCUCUUGAUCGUAUCAGACCAACCAAAAAGGACCGAGCUGCAGAGCUUGGCCUUAGCACUGCACUACAAGAUUCCUUGGAUCUGAAUGCUACAUUCCCUAAAGCAUACAAGCCAAAAGCAAAGUUAGAUGAACACAACAUGGACGUUUUCAAACCUAACAGGAAUCUGGAUCAGAUAUCAAGUGAUUCAUUGCACAGCUUCAGUUAUUCCCCUGGCCAUUGCCGAGGCUCCUUUCUGCCGACUCCCGCUGAUCCACGAUUGUCAUCUUCGUGGCAGUUUUACAACUUUGUUGGUGGAGCUGGAACAGGAGCUGUCUUUCCAACCACUGUCAGAAAUCCUAACAAAGCAAUUGUCGCAAUCAAUGCUAGAACAUCAGAAAUUUUGACAGCUAAUGACAUGGCAGCCGAAUUGUUUGGCUACUCCACGCAACAGCUUAUCGGUAUCAAAAUGUCGCAGCUUUUUGCCGACGUGCACAAAGAGAAACAAGAAGCCCUUGUAGAGCAGCAUAUUGAAGCUAGUGGCGCAGUAGUCAUGGUCAAUGGGAAAGUGUUGGAAGCUGUUGAUAGCUGUGGAAUAGUCUUCCCUGUCUCUGUUUGGAUGAAGAAACUGACUUGGGAAGAGGAGCCACGGUGCAUUGCUGUCAUGGAACCUGUAGAGAGGAAAACAGCCAUGGUUCUUUUUGAUGCAGAGGGGAUCAUAGUGGACUGUGACCAAGAACUUUCGUCUCUGUAUGGUUACCAUGUUCCUUCAGAUGUGGUUGGAGUCAACGUAACAAAACUGAUCCCUGCUCUACAGCUGCCAUCAGACACAAAUAUGAACAAGCAUGUCAAGAAACAAAGAGCUACAGGGAGAACAAAAGAUGGUGCAACAUUUCCUCUUAGCAUCACACUAAAACCCAAGUACGGAAAGGAUCUGAAGAAGCUUGAUCGUGACAAAGACUUUGCUGAUGAUCAACUGUUCUACAAGGGAAUGGUAUGGGUGUUUGCCAACAUCAGUGGACUGGUAACAUUCACAGCUGAUGGCAUCAUCCAUUCCUAUAAUCAUAAUUUCUCACUGAUGCUCUUUGGCUAUCAUGAGAACGAGCUUGUUGGAAAGCAUAUGACUGAUCUCAUUCCAAACUUCUACGACGACAUGGACGACAUAGAUGAUAACAGUAUGCCUCUUCCACCAUUUGACGAUGAGGAUGAUGAGUUUGAUGAUGACUAUGACGAUGGCUUGCUGGACAAUGAUCGGAAGAGCACUGUAAUCUACUCACGUGAACUGGAUUCAAAAUCAAGUAACUACAGUGGAGGAAGUUCAGAUGGGAAAAAUCUGGAUGACUCCAUUACAAGUUCUCUCAGCACCAGUAUGGGUCUAAGCAGCUCCCAUUCCACAGUAGAGAGUAUCACAUGUAAAACAAACAGACCUGGUUCCAGAGAUGUACAGUCGCCACUGAUGAACAGCACAUUUCUUGACAAAGAAAGUAUGGUCGCAAACUUUGGUGACAGCAAAGUACAUGUAGGUAACAGUCUUGAUGAAUCCAGAUUUCCAUCCCUCGAGUCUGGUUCAUUUACUUUAGUAACAAAUGCUGAGGACAGUGGGAUUGAUGACAGGAGUGCAAGCCUGGAAAAGGUGCGGUUAGAGAUCGAAGAAGAAAGACAUGUUCAACAUGUUGGACCUGUUGCUGUAUCAUCACCAGCUGAUGGCGCAUCUACGCCACUAACAGAAUGUCAAGUUCAAGACAAAGAAUCUUUAGCAGGCUCCUUCUCAAGUUGUCAAAAUGAAAAGGAAAUUUGCAAUAAGGAAAAUGAAAUAGACGAUGAGCUGAAACCACCUGAAAACAAUAGUGAAGUGCAACAGUCUUCAAGUCCUCAGUCAUCAGCAAACACCAGUGAAACAUAUUCACUUCCGAGUACCAAUGAAAACCGCUCAUCUGUCGAUACAUCACUGGCAGAGUCACAUAGCCAAAAUGACUCACCAAAGACAUUGCCGACUCCACCAGAUGAUGGUGAGUUCAAACUGGAAGGUUUGACAUCGACGCCAAACUUGGUGACAAGCUUACAGUGCACGGAUGUUCCAUCACCCUUUCAACCUGUGUGUGAAGGAAGCUUUGUUGGUAGAGCUAAGCACAAAGAUGGAUCACCUCUAGGAAUUAUCUUUCAGAUUAAGAAAAUAGAAUUAAAUGAUGGGCGUGUCCUAUAUUGUGCGUGGAUAUCACGUGACCCUGAGGAGGAAGCAGAAGGUGGACGAUCAACAAGCAGUUUUGCUUUAGCAGCAAGCUUUAACAGCACAGAGUUCUCAGUGGCCAGUAUAGCAGAGCUCAGCCAUCAUUUGAAUGAGAGUAGUGUUAGAGAAGAACCAUCACCUGGGCGUGGCCGGUAUGACGAGAGGUACAUCACCCUGCAGUCUAUAGGAAAAGGUGCAUUUGGAUUUGUUAAAGUGGGUCAGAGGAGAUCGGAUGGAGUUAAGGUUAUUGUCAAGUUCAUUAGAAAAGCAAAAAUACUGGCUGACUGUUGGAUUGAUGAUCCUGUGUUGGGCUCAAUUCCUUUGGAGAUUGCUUUGCUGGCAAAGCUCAAACACCCAAAUAUUGUCAAGAUGGUAGAGGCUUUUGAAAAUGAAGAGUUCUUCCAAAUGGUUAUGGAGAAGCAUGGAAGUGGGAUGGAUCUGUUUGAAUUUAUUGACAGGCAGCCAGCAACAGAUGAAGCUCUCUGUAGUUACUUAUUUAGACAGGUUGUUUCUGCUGUAUCUUUCCUUCAUAGCAGAAGCAUUGUUCAUCGCGACGUGAAGGAUGAGAAUAUCAUUUUGAAUGACAAAUUUCACAUCAAGCUGAUUGACUUUGGAUCAGCAGCAUACAUGGAGGAAGGAAAAAAGUUUUCUACAUUCUGUGGUACAAUGGAGUACUGUUCACCAGAAGUCUUGAUGGGAAAUAAAUAUGCGGGGCCACAGUUAGAACUGUGGUCAAUGGGUGUCACGUUGUAUACUCUCGUGUUUGGUGAGAAUCCAUUCUAUGAUGUCGAGGAGACCAUCAGAGCUGAACUCCACCCCCCGUUUGGUGUUUCACAUGACCUCAUGUUUAUUAUCUGUUGGCUGUUGCACCCUGAUCCUCGGUGGCGAGCCACCAUCACAGACGUUGAAGAAAACGACUGGAUUAACCAGCCUGUGGACAUCACCAAGUACUCGUUUGAUGCUGUGUUGGGUGACCAACUAGAUGGCUCACAGCACCAUUUACAAGUUUCUGCAGGUGAAUUGAACAACAGCCAGAGCGAUGCAGACAUCACUCAAGAUGAAGUCAUAGAUCAUGGUCACCAAGAUGACCUUCAGUUAUCAGCACUACAGGAGUAUCUCAGCAUGAUUGACAAUGACAGCAGUGAGGGUGAAACGUAACAUAAUCAAUAUGCUCAAUUAAAUGAGAACGUCAUUGAUCAGUGCGAUUAAUAAUGACAGCGAUGUGUCAGCUCUUUCUUGUACAGAGUCAGAAAAACUAGUCACUAAUAAUCACAGAUAUCAGCUGAAACGUGUGUGAGUCUCUUUCAGGCUGUUUCACUCAUCCUUGGUUUUAGUUGUAGAUUCAAAAAAAUGGAGCAUGUGACGAUAAAUUUGAUGAUCAAAAUCUUAAGGAAUUUCCUUGUGGUGUACUCUUUCCUGCAAAUUCUUUUCAGAGAAGUUGUUGAGUAGUACCAAUUUUUUGUAGUUGCAGUUAUCUUCAUUUAUAGUUCACAGGUCAAAUUUAUGCACCAAAGAAUAUGAAACUGCCAAAUCGCUAAAAUGUAAUAUUUAUUAAAACCAAUGGUUCCUGAAACAACAGAAAAAAAAUAACAAGUCAUGAAAAGAGAAAUCUGUGAUCAAUAUUAAUUUUUGUUGGACAUGACUACUAAUUUUAUGCAAUGCCAUCAAACAGUGGUUACUGCUCUUAACACAGAAUUAUUCUGUUUAAUUGUCACCAACUGAUUUCAUUAUUAUUUGGCAACAAGAAGGUUUUUUUUUAAUUAUUAUCAUUAUUAAGUAAUCUUAAACAUCAAAAUUUUCAGUCCAAUAAAUUUCCAGGGUGCUUAAGACUGUAUAGAGAAUAUAAUAUUGUACAAAAUGUUUAAUUUUCUGUUGUAUGGUAUAUUUUUACUUUUUGAAGUUUUUUAAAGAAAUGUUCAAUACUACUUAAAAUUUCAGUCAACUGUUACUUCAAUUUUUGUUAAAUUUUAAACUUUCUCAAUUUUAAUGCAUGUACUUCUGACUGGUUUUUGGUACUUUUAAGUUGGUAUUGCCAAUGAUAAUGUUCAUGGCUCUAGGUAAUUCGUUUUUUUUUUCUGUUGUGACAUUGUUUCACUUACAAGUUUCUGUAUUUAAGACAUUUUAGCUGCGUUAGUUAAAAUGUUAUUUAAAUUAUUUCAUGUGGUAACCAAGUUGCAACACAUCAUGGUCCAAUGGGCUAAUAACCCUCAGUGGAUUGUUAUACUCAUAAAAUGUACAAUUUUUGUCUUUUCAUAAAACUUUAGACCAGUUACUUCUGCUUACUCGUACAGUUAUGCUCUUGGUGUGUAAGCAACAACCAAUGACAAGCUUGGUAAAAUUACAUGAAACAUAUCAGUUAUUGACCAAUAAUACUCUCUGGAGUGGGUAGAGUCAAACCAGGAUCAAUUCCACCCAUCCCACAUGGGAUCCCAGUGUGGGAUGCAUGAGAGCUUUGGCAUGGGAGUAAAAGACAGUCCCACACGGAACUCUCCCUCCCC